UGUGUGUGUGAGGCUCUGUGUGUGUGUGUGUGUGAGGCUGGUGGCUGUGUGUGCGGCCUGUCGCUGGUGAUCAGAGGGAGACCUGGUGAUGACCUCGCUGGCCCUGCACAGAUCCUGGCUGUUUGGGUGUCUGUGGGGGCGGCUGUCCCCCUGGGCCAGGCUGGCCCUGAGCCGUGCCUACCGACGGCCAGGUUCACCCCCCGAGAACGUGCCCCCCUGGAAGAGGUUUAGCUUCAGCCUGCAGCGGGGGGUGGAGGGGGUGAGGAAGCAGCUGGGGCUGCUGAAGGAGGAGGUGAUGGAGCCGUUGCAGGGGCCGGGGGGCCGGGCUCUAAGGGAACUGCUGCUGGAGCAGACCCGCGUGGUCUGGCAGUUCCGGGGCGAGGACAGCCUCCGCCAGUGGAUGGUGUCCUGUGACCAGGAGAUUGGCGGCCGCAGCCGGGUGGACCUGACGCUGGGCAGCAACGGCAAGACGGCGCUGCUAUCCGGAGAGCUGUGUGUGGAGGUGCCGCGUGACGGCGAGACUCGCUACAGCGGCUACUGCACAUUGCGCUCCCGGGAGCUGCAGGCUGCAUUCGAGCGUAACAAGCACCACGACUGGAGCAGCUUUAACACCCUGCACCUGUGUGUGCGCGGCGACGGGCGGCCAUGGAUGGUCAACAUCAGCUCCGCCAUGUUCUUCUCCCAUCACAAGGACGACCUUUACAACUACUUCCUGUUCACCCGCGGCGGCCCGUACUGGCAGCACGUCAAGAUCCCGUUCUCCAAAUUCUUCCUGUCCAGUCGUGGCCGAGUGCAGGACAGCCAGCAGCCCCUGUGGCUGGAUAAGAUCAGCACCAUCGGCUUCACACUGGGUGACAAAGUGGACGGCCCUUUCCAGCUGGAGAUCGACUUCAUUGGAGUGUGUAACGACCGGGCGCACACAGAGACAUUUGCUUACGAGAGCUACAAACGCAACCCAGAGGUCUGAGCUCCACCAGAGAGGGGCACACAAUUCCUUUUUGAUAAGCCGGAUGCCUGACACACACAGAAACCAUCACAGUGAUCAGCUGGAUGCCUGACAGACACAGAUAUCCAUCACCAGGAUCAGCCAGGUAUCUGACACACAUGGAAACCCAUUACCCUGCUUCACAAUACCCAAACCAGACUGGGAAUUCCAACUAUCCCACCUUCACGUGGAAAUGCUAGAGAUCGAUUGUUGGAAUGUGCACUCUCUCUCUGGAGGGACAGAUUCUGCUUAUCUAAUUCCAGAAAGAUUUAGGUGCAGGUUGGCAAGAGGCGAGGCUUGGGAAUCCCAGAGUGUGUGUUGGGGUAACUGUUGGGGUCUAACUAGCUAAAAUCACAAAGCUUGCCAUUAAAAGCACUGUAAGGUAAGCUUCCCUGCUGCUUGUUCGGCUAGGACCACCUUAUCUGUUAGGGCUUUGGCUUGGCAGGGAUAACAGGAGUUGAGUGGGCUGACUCUGCCCCCAGUGACUGCUCUGCCAAUGAGCCAGGUUGGCUGGACUCAUCAACAGUGCCUAGAAUACUGCAGACGAAUCUGGCUCAGGAACUGGACCAGAGACCAUCACAGAGGGUUGAUUUGAUUCUGACAUUCUUUUGUUAAACAUUUCACCUUGCAGCCUGUUACCUCCCCAGGCUUAGGUCUCGCACAGUGCCACAUUGUCAUCCUGUGGCCCCCUGCAGUGCCCCCGCGUACGUGAGUGAAGCCUUCACUCAUCUGGUUGGUGCCUCACAGGUGCAAGGACAAGAAAUAAAGUUUAUUUUGUUGCUUCACUGAC